AUGGACGCCCGUCUCAAUCGCGAAGAGCACAUCAAAAGUCUCACUUCUUCACAUCGCCUGCGCAAACAGACAUGGUACGAAUGGUGGUAUUCCAUACAACCGGAUCCGACGGGCCCGGUGAGAACGACCGAUGCCGCGACAAGCAAGGCUCUCAAGGCACACUUUGUUGAGAUUCUCGAUCGUGUGGAACCCCCUGAGACUUUCAAACCGCGCGAGGUCGCAGAGGCUUUGACGGACAAGGAGCUCAGCUCAAUGGGCUACAAGAAACAGGAAGAGGCAAUUCCAGCAGUCUACGAGCUCGCAUUUGAGAUGCGAGACCUAGGGGACUGUGAGAUCUUGAGGAAGGGCGUGGUGAUUGGAGACGAUGUUGGGAUUAGUGAUUUGGAUGGUCCGAUCAGGAUUCGGAGAGCAGUGUUUUGA